AUGCCACAACUAGAACAGUCACAAGAUGUUUCUAGUGCAAAUAGGGUUACAACACCAGCAACUGUUGAAUCGAGCAGCUCAGCAAGAGAGCAGUCUCUACCGAAGUCAUAUUCAUCCAAUCAGCCAGUUUCAGCUUCUUUGAACCCCAACCAACUACCAACAUCACCCAUUUCCAUCACUUCAUCUUCAACUUCACUGUCACCUGCAACUAGAAGCAUAUCAAGCUCAAUCACCAACUCACCAACACCUUUCAACCCACUACCGACCCGAUCUAUCAACAUUGCUGCAUUGAACUCCAAAUUACGACAACAACAGACUUCCCCAGUUUCCCACUCCCACUCCCACUCCCAAUCACUACCUCAUCCCCAUCCUCAUCCUCGUGUAAAUACUCAAUUUCCACCGAAUAGCGACCUACCGACAAGUCUGGGGCCGUCUCAAGCUUCCACUCCAGCAACUAUUUCACCGGUACAAUCCAAUUUACCUUCAAGACUGCAGUCACCAGUUGUUCCGCCAUUGCAUGAUUUAGUCAAUGAUUGUUUUCUUUUGACUAUUGACAAAUUACACGAUGAAACACGUACUUUUGUUGCCAAUUCAUUCCACCAGUGUGUUUUGAAGCAACAUUGUGAAGAGAAUUUGGAGUUUUUAAUCGACAUCUACCGUUAUGAAUAUGAAUACAACUUGAAGGUUUUAGCUGCGUCGAAUACUUCUGCCUCAACAAAGAACAUUGCUAGCCCGCCACCAUCUUUGUCAACCUCGCUCAAUUCAAAGGCAAUCUUCAGUGGGAAUAGUCAAGAUGAAUUUACAUCCAUGGCGAAAAUGAAGUUAAAUGCACCUAGUCCUAGUAUAGUGCCAGUCUCACUCGGUGCAAGUACCACAUCGUUAGCCAAGCGCAAUCAAAAGGUGGCAUCAGUGGCGUCGUUUGAAUCACUCAAGAAGAAGCAUUCAAUAAGAACAGAGGAGUUGGAUCCACAAGAAGCGUUUGUAUCAACUAUUGAUGAUUUGGACUUGAAUGCGCCAUGGGGAACAUUUGGAGAUCUGCAUGUUGGUGAGGAUGAGGAAUAUGGUGGCGAUACCGAUGAAGAAAAGGAUGAAGAUGAAGAUGAAGCUGAAGAAGGGGACGCCGCAGAGCAUCUCCCCAAGGAAGAUUUGCAACAAUUGAAUGAACAAUGGGCUGACAUUAUGAACAACUAUAUCAAACAUGAUUCACCAUCACAAAUCAACAUUUCGCAAAAAUUGUUUAAGGAGAUUGUUCAAGAGUCGUCUGUUUGUAAGUUGCAUGAUCCAGCGAUUUUCCUCAAGGCUAGGAAUGAAGUGUUGCAAAUCUUGAAAGAAAACUGUUAUGGUUCGUUCGCUUCCAAGUUCAAGAAGCAGUUUUCUCAGUGUUGCGAUCAAGGCGAUUGCUGUUCUUGUUCAAUAGAGGAGACAAAGACUGCUUUUGCUAAACUGAAUAACAAUAGCAUUUUGACAUUGGAAGGUACAGAGUCCAAUACUACUGGGUGCAAUGAAUAUCGUGAAAUUCCAUCGGCAAGUACAGUUUCGACUACAACAGCCCCUUCACUGACGGUAUCAGAGCCAGACAAGCAAGUGGAGCAGAAGCAAAAGCAAAAGCACCAUCACCAUUUCCACCACUCCCACCACCAUCAUCAUCAUCACCAUAGCGUAAAAUACCCAGAUUCACCAAGCUUAUCAUCUUCGUCAUCACUCGCGGCUUCUUUAUUGGGAAAGUUGUCAUUUUCCAAACGAAAUAGGACAAACAAGUUGCAGCAUCCGCAAUCAAAUGGUAAUGUUGCCAACUCUCCAAUGUAUGGCGAAACGAGUCCACCAUCUUCAGGCUCAUCAUCAACACUGAAUUUCUUUGGACAGGCCGUAUUUGCAAGCAAUGGCGAUGCGUCACCAUCGCCCAGUUCGGUGAGUAGUUCUGUUAGAGGUAUUCCAAUCUCGGCGUCACUGAGAAAACCACAAUUACAAUCGACAUUGCAGCAGUCUCAACAAGGUAGUUCAGCCGAUACGCCUUUGUUAGCACCAGCAGUGGCAUCGGCAUCGGCAUCGGCAUCGGCGUCAACAUCUGCAUCGGCAUCAACAUCGGCAGCGACACCGGCAUCCAACUCAUUGCCUAUUCCUCGGUCUUUUAAUGCAAGCCCCAUUUCUGUGAGUUCCGUCGCUAGUUCAGCACAGCAAGAUCGCGAUCGUGAUGCAACCGUGAAUACAAGUGGAUCGCUGAUGAGCAACGGUGGAUCUUUGGGAUCAUCGUUGAAGUUUUGGAAGAGAAAAUGA